GCUGCUGUAGCUCAACUCAACGCAUGCGUAGUGCAACCGCCCUCAAAUACGACCACGUGGCGACACUUUGUGUCCACUCUCAACAACACCACUCCACACACCACUACAUGCUUGUACUAGUGCAGUACACAUGGCCUUCAAAUCACUAUGAAGAGUGCCAAGAAGACUAGGAAAAGGUCCUCACCUGAAACUGAAGCUUCACCCAGCCCUACAAUACCACCAUCACCAGCACAUGCUUUACAGGAGCCGCAAAUCCUGGCCACCCUACAGGCAGUAGAGGUUUUAGGUCAUCCUAGUCAAAUGUUGGCAGAGUUACCACCUCCCUCUCAGGAAGAGAUUCAACACCCUGCUGCUGAUGACAGGGACUCUGAGGAUGACCCUGACUUUAUAAACUCUGGGCAGACUCAGAGGGACACCACAGAUGAAGAGGAGGUGGGAGGGCACCCUAGAGGCAGCAAGAGGAAGAAGCCGCCUCUCCACCUACCUGCAGAUGUUGAGAGGGAGCUUGGAGAGUGGCAACAGGAGAACACCUUCCUAUACGACAAGAGUUUAAACAAGUAUAGGAACAUGGAGAGGAAGAACUGUAUCAAGGAGAAGGAUGCCUCCCUCACCUCACCACUCACAGGGGAUGAUAUAGAGUGUUGGAUCCACAGCAUGAGGACAAGAUAUGGCAAGCUGACCAAGGAUUCCAACAAAAGUGGAUCAGCCACACCGAAGAACCACACCAAGAGGGACAGAGGCAGAGGGCAGAGGCAACCCAAAACCCUAAGAACCAAAAAGAGUGUUGUUGUGGUUGCCCUAGCACCCAGUGACUCCCAGUAGCUCAGUACCUCACAGCAGCCCAGUACCUUUGCCUGGAGUCCACGUGGUGACGCGUCGGAAUUGGAGUUGGAGCAGGCUGUGCUGUCGAGCCUGGAGGAGUCCCAGAACCAUGGGCUGGCCAAGUGAUGCCUUAC